GGCCGCCCGCUGCAUGUACUGUACGUAUAGUGGUUCAUGCAUAUAUCAUCAAACGUAGUUACUGCGAUGAGUGAAGAAAAAAUUAUUGAACUAAAACGAAAUCUGUGAAAAAUGUCGCUGACAGGAGAAUCCCACCCCACUAACGUGCCCCCAAAUCAAAAUUAUGCACCUCACCAUGGUCGUGGUAGGCACGGUGGACCUCAUUCCCAGAGGAAUUAUGAAAUGACAGAGGAGGAAAGGCGAGUCUUUCGAGAGUGCCAGACGGAAAGUUUCUGGUACCGCGCUAUGCCCUUGGCAGUCGGUGCGGGGCUGCUUACCCAGACGCUCAUAUUGCGAGGAAUGCUUACAACGUCUACGAGAUUCGGCUCUCUUCCAAAGGUUGGGUUUGCAUGUCUCACUGGGUACAUGGCUGGAAAGAUCUCCUAUGUCAACACAUGCAAGCAGAAAUUUCUGAAGCUGGAGAACUCUCCAAUUGGUGAAAUGCUGAGGAAGGGUGGCAGCAUGCCCACAGGCCAAGGUGGAAACUUUGGCCUGCCAGGGUUCCAGGCCGGCAGCAUUGGGGAAUCAGACCCAGGUAGCCCAGCUGUCACCAGGGGCAGUGACUCCUACAGUAGCUUUGGCCAACCCGACGACUACCGGGCCAACCUGGACAUUGACACCAGCAAUGUCAAGACUAUGGACAGCCACUUUGACUUUGAGCUGACCAACGAGGCGGCGUCGGAGCUGGAGGCCAAGCGGCCGGAGAUGACCAAGACUUACGAGGACCUACGCCGGGAGAACAGACAGAAGCACUCGUCCCAAUACAGCCAGGUACUGCCAGGGCAUUACCAUCCUCGGCAGCCGACACCGCCUUCGCACGAUGACAUAGCUCUCAAGAAGGCUGAUGAGCGCCCAUUUCCGUCAGUGUCUCGCCCAAGGGUGACGAAGAACAAAUACGGUGAUGACAUGGAAUAAUUGGAUAGAUUAAUGCAUGUUGCUGUAUUUGACUUCAACUACACCUGUGACAGUUUGCCUAGUUGAUUAAUUUUUGUUUAAUAUGAAAAAGAACCCAAUUCUUGUGUUCAGCAAAUGAAAAAUUCACAGAUAACAUUAUUUGGGUUCCCUACAGUCAGUCAUACAUGUAGGUACGUGUAAUUUUGUAUUGUUUAAAGGGUCCGGCCAACAAAGUUGAACAUUUGACCUGCGACUUUAUACUUUUAUUCAUAGCCUGAAAAAAAUUGACAUCUCUCUGAGGUUAAGGUCACUGAAAGGUUUUUCAAACAUUUAAACUUUGCCAUGCUUUUUCAGACAAGAAAGAGUACUGUUGAAUGGAAGACACAACUGAGUUAACGUUUCACUGUUUAAAUCGUGAACACAAAAAUUCCUUUUUUUAACGCAUUUCUGAGAAAGGCUUGCUUGUUGACUCGUUGCCAUGCACUCAGUAAAUCACCAAAGAGAAAGAAAUCUACAACAGCAAAAUAUUAAAAAUUGAAUAGGUUUUUGUGUACAAAUCAGUGAAACACUGAGCUUUACUGCCUGGAAUGACAUCACGUUAUCUCAGGAGAGAUAAGUUAGUUAUAACUUACUGUAUAACUAGAUAAGUAGUUAUAAGAGAGAUGCAAUUUUGUAUAGACAUCAUAAAGGUGCCAAAACACCCUUUAAAGAAGCAAAAUGAGUUUAAUUGAAAUAAAAAGGUGCAUUCUUGACGGUCAUACCGGUAGUUUUCAAAAAUGCAUUGCGCUAAUCUUUUAGAUUUUUUUGUCUUCCCAUUAGAACAUUUGCGUCCUGUAUCAAAUGGCAGCAGGUUGUAAGCCUUGCAUGUACUGGAGCAUGCAUAAUUACUAUUAGACCUAUGGAAGAAACAUUUUUGCCUGUUAGUCAUGCCAUUAUGAGUGACAUUCAUGUUGACAUGCAUUCAUAUACAUGUAUGUGUAAGUACAUGUAUACAGUCAACUAGAAUGCCAACAGAAAUGUGACAUUACAUGUCGAUUGAUUGCACUCUCAGGCAGACAUGGAGCAUACAUGUACAUGCAUAUCCAUGUACACAUGUGAGCACGCUGGUCAUGUGCAUGUACGUAUGUGAAUGCUUGGCCGUGUUAUGCCGUUUAGAUGUGUUUUCUUCACUCAGUGUCUCACUGUCUUUGUAUUAUGCUAACAAUGACUUCUUUUCAUUUGAUGAUAGUCAAACGUACUGAGUAACAUUAUUUCGCACUGGAAAGCAAUAGUACCCACCAUUAAUGCUUCCCACAGUUUUGUGCUGUUACUCAGAAUAAAAGCUGUGCAAAUGAGGAGUCAAAUUGAAAUGUUCAAUAGAUUGUUUCGAUAUCAUAAUUAUUUAAUAGUCGCAUGCUUAGACAUGGAGCUACAUGAUUGGAAAAGGUGGAAGGCUUACAGUGUAAAGAUAAAGCAUUUUAAAGGUGUAACACAUCUUUACAAGACACAUUGAAUAGUAUAUAAAGGAGAUGACUUCUUAAAGCUGAUUUCAUCAAAUUGUGCAAAUGUUUGCUUCAUUCUGUGUCACUGUACAUAUUAACCACAAAUAUGAUUUAUUAAUCAAAAAAGUACAGGAAAAAAAUUGUAACUAUGCGACCUUGCCCUACUGUAAACCUGCAAUGUGGCAAGGUCAAAUGUGUCGGACCAUCAUGGCUGCUUUCUCAAUGUAAUAAAAGAUCAUGUACAUGUAACGCAGUCUUUCUGCAGAGGAAAAGUUGAUGUUGAAUGAAUUUAAUGUUGACUGCUGCCCACGAUUUCAAAGGGGUGUUCCCAUUUGCCAAGCAUUGUGCGCAUACACGCAUAUAUAAGAGGUACCUUUAAUCUGUCUAUUUGAACAUCAACAUGUACAUGUAUGUCUUCCACACUGCCAGCAGCGUGUUUGUUGUGUUCUUUGGUGAUGCUAGUGCAUUCAAUUUACAUUACAAUAGCUUUUCAUUUCUUACAAGUAUACUCGUAGUGGUGGAAUCUGGUACACCUGUGACAAGAAGUACACUCAUAGUCAGCAGUCAACAUUAAGCAAAACCACCUGUAAGUAGAAAUAGAACAGAAAUACAUAUUUGGAUAGUUCUCUUUUGUUUGGUUGAUGGCUCUGCAAUAAAAAUAAUAAUCAUUGUUUGAUGUCUCAAGGAA